AUGUCUCAAGCAACUGGCCGCAUUGUUUGUACCGAUGGUGGUCAUAAAAUUACUGCAAUCUUCAUGAUCGAUGGCGUUCAACGCCAAUUCAUCGGCCAGCUCAACGGCGCUACAAGAGAAUUCACGUCCAUGAAUGCUACUAUUCAGUACGGCGAUUUAAACCAGUUAUUGGGCCAACACACAUUUAAUGGGCUUCUUGGGCCCGUCCACAUCACUCUCCAUUUCGAAAACUCUACCACGAUCUCUGGUUCUCUCGAUGUCCCCGUGGAGCCAGUAUCACAAAUUGUUGGAACCGGCAAUUGGGUAGUAACCAUGUAA